ACGAUGAUUCUAUGAUUAGGAAGAAAGUCUUUACUGUGAGGGUGGUGAGACACCGGAACAGGUUGCCCAGUGAGGCUGUGAAUGUCCCCUCCCUGGAGGCAUUCAAGGCCAGGCUGGAUGGGACUUUUAGCAACCCGGACUAGCAGGAUGUGUCCCUGCCUACAGCAGGGCGGCUGGAACUAGACGAUCUUAAAGGUCCCUUCCAACCCAAACCAUUCUAUGAUUCUAUGACACUUCCCGCCAGCCUGGUUGUCAUCUGCAAACUUACUGAGGGCACACUCAGUGCCCUCAUCCAGGUCAUCAAAAAAGAUAUUGAAGAGGGUAGGCCCCAGCACCGGCCCCUGGGGAACGCCACUCGUGACCGGUCGCCGGCUGGAUUUAACUCCAUUCACCACCACUCUCGGGGCCCAGCCCUUCAGCUGGCUCCUCACCCAGCAAAGAGCGUACCUGUCCAAGCCACGGGCUGGACAAUCUAUGGAACUAAUGCUGAGGGCGAGACGGCUGUGGAGGCACACACACUCUCCACAGAGGCGAGCAGGAAAAGAAGGGAAGUCUUGUGACUUGCGAGCAGUUUUAUCUUUCCCUCUAAACGGAAAAGGGAAACGGACCAGUGAAUGUCUUCUGGGAUAUGUAGUUCUUCUGCUCUUCUGAGAAAGGUAUGCCCGGAACUAUAGACAGUCCACGGACCUGGAGCAUUAACUCUUUAACUCCCAGUGCACUGCCUGAUGUUAUGAUGUGGGAUGCCGAUAACAAAAAUGAUAAAACCAUGACACCUCCAAAGCGCGGCGAUGCCAGGGCCUUGGCUGCCCUGGGGGGGGUCCCCCCACCACUUUGGGAUGGGGCCGCAGGGUGGGGCUGGGCUGCCGGAGGCAGGGCCGGGGCGCCUGUGACAUAGGGGACGAGUCACAAUGCGCUGGCUUGGCUGUCUUAGUGCCUUCAGCAGGCAGCGCUGCUGCAGUUUGGCCUGGGCCAGCGACCAUGAAUUUGGCGUUUGUCCUCGCUUUGUUGGUGCAGAAUGUGCACCAAGUCGGUGAAGUGUUUGAUGCGGCCACACGUGACCGCAUGCGUCAGCGGGAGCUGUACUUGAGUGAGAAGAUGGCACAGCUGCUGCUGGAGAUAGAGCAGAAGAACAUGGAGCAGAGCAGGGCGGGAAGGCGAGCCCUGCUCCCAGCUGUGUUGCAGUCCUGGAAGGUUUGGGCUGCUGUCUGUCUUCUGGUCCUUCUAGUUUGGGUUGUGCGGAAGCUCCAUCAGAAGUACCAGAGGAUGAAAAAAAGCAGUGGCAAGGAGGGCUCUGGCAGUGAGGAGGAGGAGGAGGAGAAGGAAGAUUUUGAAGGGCUUUUACAUGCGGGCAUCCAACCGCCAGUGAACGACCUUGCACACAAGUGCCGAGCAAUGCACUGUCUGGUUUCCAAACUCCUCAAUUCCUGCCGAAUCCUCCUGUCGGACAGCUUCUAUCCAGUGCCACAGCCCCCCAUUGGGGUGGGCAGUGCCUAUGAAGGCUGGUGUCCCCGUGAGGAUGACCCUGUCUUCUGCCUGCUUGUGCCCCUGACGGCCCCCCGCGGGCACACUUUCCACCUCGAGCUGGGCACCGCAAGGGAGCUGCCGGCAAGGAACUCCCGGAUCCGUGUCGAGUUGGAGUGCACGUGCAGGACGGAGGAGGAGACGGGCGUGCUGUGCUUCCUCCACAACACUGAGGACAGGCUGGGGAAGCAGCCGCCCAGCCUCCUACACACCCUUUGCACUGGCGGCUACCUAGAUGCAGAGAAGAUCGCCCGCUGGUUCCCGGUACUGAUCCAAGAUGCCUGGAGAAGAAUGCCCGAGUCAGCAAGAUGCCGCAUCAACGUGCAGCCGUGCAGCCGCUCCUGCAGGCUUCAUGUGAUUGACGGCUUCAACAGAAUCUUCAUCAUUGAGAUGAUGUUUGGAGUGCGGCAACACCGUACAGACAUCUUUCUGAGCAGCCACAAAAUAGAGGGCAUCGUUAUCCCCAGCACGACCUGGCCACAGAGCUGUGCUGUGGCAGAGGCGAAGUUCUUCAGGCAUAUAGCCGCACAUGCCCGGGAGGACAGUUUCCACCUCAGAUGUAUGCAGGUGUGGGCCUGUCUCCUGGUGGGCGACAACAUCUCUGUCUACGAAGUGAAGACGGCUGUCAUGCACCUCCUGACGGUCUUCCCUAUGGAGCACUGGCGCGCGAGGCACUUUCUGCAGAGGAUGCAUGACAUCUUGUGGUACCUGCGCUGCUGCCUGGAGGAGAGAAGCCUGGAGCACUUCCUCAUAGGGAAUGAGGCAGUACCCGCAGAGAUCAUCUUGCCCCGGGAUUUCCGAGUGUCCAGACCACUCAAUCUCUUCCAGCGCCUGGAGCAGGAGCCGGACAACCAUGUUCGGGCAGAGUGUGAGCUGGAUGAACUGCCAGAUCAGUUCACGAGACUGCUCAUCUCCCAGCAGUGGCAGACGUCCACUUGUCCCCAGACCUCAUUCAGCUGAAGAGGCUGCUGUAGGGACGCUUGGAGCACAGACUCCUCGAACGAGCUGAGAAGACACCACCCGGCCUCUUGGAGAAUGUGCGUUUGCGCGGGGGAGCUACAGCCUGUACCAAAAUUGCAAUAAAUGGCUUGCUUGAGCCAAAUUGUGCUACA